UUUGGAUUUGUGGCGGGCCCAAAAUGGCGACAGAGGUGGCUGAGGGGGUGGGUACCGCUGACGGGGAGAAGGAGGCCGCCGACGCUGCUGUUGCUGCUGCUGAGCCUCCGGGCAACCCCAGCCGGGAGCAGCUCCUGGACUACAUCGUCGACGUUUCCUUGCGGAAGAUUGUGGAAACGGGCAGCUACCAUAGGUUUGCGAAGUGUUACAGUCGUCUUUACAAAGUGCAACCUGAACUCACCAAGUGUGUUUACAAUCAGUUUAUCGCCCACCUGCAAACCUCCUUUCGGGAGGAGAUCCAGGACCUGAAGGAAGAAGGGAAUCUCAGUGUGCUCUUUAAAUCACUAGAUGAACUUGCGGAAGAAGCAAAGAAAAGGAGUACCCCUGCAUGGCGUCCCAGUGGAAUCCCAGAGGAAGACAUCCACAGUGCUGUUGUGCCGUACCUUCUGAAGCAGCGCAGAUUCCUACAAAAGGCCAUAAAAGAAAAGGAAGAGGCAAACUCGCGGUUGGCUGAAGCAGUGCUGGCUGGUCGGAAGAGAAUUGCAGACCUGCAGGAGGAGAUCAGAAAGAGCAAGGAAGAGUGGCAGGCAGUUGCUCAAGAAGGUCAGCAGAUCGUGAGCAGCCUUGAUGAGCUUUAGCGAGGAAGCAAAGCCUUGCUGGCUCCUCACGAAUGGAGCUUUGGAAGACUAGGAUCCCAGCCCAGGACUUGUAUAGGCUCUGAGGUGGAACUAACAGGCCACAAGUCUACUGCAGUGUGAGACUCAUUGGUUUCCAAUUCUUGCAGAGUGUUGCUUUCACAAUCCUGCCACUGGACUAUUUAAAAAAGUCUUUGCUGUGUGUCUGGGACCUGGACUAUAUGACCACACCCUGGACUGUGCAGGGGGGGGGCUUUUUUCUUUUUGCAGCUGCUUGAACCUUCCUUUUCCCUUGGUCAAGGUUCAUUUGAGCCCUUGAAAUCCUCAUCAGGAAACUGAGGCGGAGGUCACUUCCCACUGCAAUAUUCUCCCAGAUUUUAUUGCAUCUCAGUCAUUCUCUUUUCUUUCUGUAAGUUGCUUCCCUGCUUCUGUUCCUACUUAACACUUCUCAAAAACUCCAUCUACGUCUUGUCCACCAUGAAGCUCAGCCACUGGUGAGUCAAUGGUAAGGGUGCCACAAAACAGCCCAUGUUCACAGCAGAAUCAUUGGGGUGUUUGGGGGGUGACCUAAGCAGCAGCACCUCCCCUUUCUUAGUUUGAAGGGAGCAAAUAUUUGUUAGUUACUGAUGUAUAAGCAAGUACAACCAAACCUCUCCUCUGAAAUACUCUUUGUGUAUGUGUAACUUUUGAAGCAGAUUAGAACUGCAUUAAAGCAUUGCUACAAUUUCUGCCUUGCAUUUCUUUAACACAAAUAUUGCCAUCUGCCCAAGCUGGAGUUGCAGUGAAUUGUGCAACGUAUUUCUGCUGUGACUUAGCUGAGUCUUUCCCGUCGCUCAGAGUGGUGGGCAAGAUGGACCUCUAGCCUGAUCCAGCUGGGCUUUGCUUAGGUUGAGUUGUAGCAGCAGUCAGAGUGCGUAGAAAUCUACUUUAUGCGCCACCCAUUUUCUUCUGGGGAAAUUCUUGGUUGCCAGCCCCCUGCAAUGUGAAUGUGCUGGGUAUGCUUUGGGUAUGCUUUGCUUACCAGUGGGCUAAAAGCGAGGCCCAUUUGAACGUGUGUGUUAAAUAGGACCCACAAUGCACUGCAACAGGCAGGACUUCCGUGGCAGAACUGAUCAGGUUUCUCAAUAACGCAUCCAUACAGAAAGGGUUUCCCGGAGCGAUGGAAUACCAGUCCCCUGAGGCUAGAGAAGGAGGGUGUGUCUCUAUUGUACAUGUCAGCAUCUGCUCCCAAUUAGAUACAAUGUUUGUGUUUGGAUGUAAAGUCGACCCAGUUACCCAUAUUUUUCUUGUAUAAACAUGGGUUCCUUGAUUACACUGUAAAUAUA